AGUCAUUCAUCCGUUCGCCUGACGUCCUCUCCUGCCGCCGCCGCUGCCAGUACCGCCCGACCACACGGCACACAGCUGGGCCGCGAGGGGUGCAGGGCGUGGCGGGGCGCCGGGCGGCCGGCCGUGACGGUGGAACGCCGUGACGCCGCCCCGUCACACAGACUCGCUGUGCUCCCCGCGGUGGCGGUGCUGUGACCGGUCCGGGAGCUGUUGUAUAGUGUGGGUGUAAGUGUGAUUACAGGAGUGUUGACUUCAGUACUGCAGGAGAGGACAGAAACUAUAGGAUUGGACUGGUGAAUGGAUACCGGCGCCGGCUGGUGACAGCAGAGUGAAGAAUCGAUGACUUCUACGCCAAAACCUAAACAACUUUAGAUAUUUAGAUACAGAUCAUACAGCCCCGGGAAUGUGACGACAAAUGGCGAGUCUGCUCUCUUGCGCCUCCCAGUCGUUCCUUCUGUUCUUCAUCUUCAUAUACUGGGCGUCCGGCUGCGCGCUGCUGUUGCUCGGCACGGCCCUUCUGGUGGACAGCAGUCGGCAGCUGCUGUUCUUCCUGGUCAACAUCGAGGAUGGACAGCUACUGCUGCCCACAUUCAGGUUGUUGUGUGUCGGUCUGGUUCUAAUCGGUACGUUCAAACUUCUGGUCGGCCUGCUCGGCUGUCUCGGAGCCGUCAAACAAGACUACUGCAUAGUCGCAUUCUAUUUCUGUUUCGUGGCGAUCACGAUGUGCUCGGAGAUCACGGUGGGCGCGUUUAGCCACGUGCACCAGCAGCGCACGGACGCCGCGCUGGCACACACUCUGGGCAGGAAGCUGGCCAAGUACUACGGCGUGCCCGACCGUGGACAGGAGACCAUGGCCAUCGACUUCGCUCAGUACAAGUUUCAGUGCUGUGGCGUGCAGUUCCCCUCCGACUACAACUACUCGCGGUGGCGUGUGGAGGAGCUGGGCGGCGCCGAGCUGCGCGUGCCGCUCACCUGCUGUGCGCUGCGGGAGGACGCGCCGCAGCCGUACCGUAACCCGCACCCCCGCGACCCGGAGACGUGUCAGGAGAGGGACCCGCUGCAGCACCACAGCCAGAGGCACACGCAGGGCUGCCUGCAGGGGAUAGCGCGGUGGCUGGACCGAGAGUCGACUGUGCUGACAUCUGUCGGCGUGGCCGCCGGCUGCGUGGACCUCAUCUGCGCCGUCAUCACCCUGUGCUGGUGUCGGCAGAUCAGCGCCAACAGAGCAGUGAAGCGGGAAGCCUGGGAACUAACGCUUUGAUAUAGAUGUCGCGUUAGGUGGUUGACGUCCAAUGUUUCGACGGAUGAUUGCCAAGUUUAUUUCGUGAUUUAUUUGCUAAAAAUAAACAGCUUUUUGGGAAA